AAUAUACCGUUCAUAGAGGGCUACUUUACAGCCAGGGGCAAAGGUUUUGCAUUAACCCAAGUUUUGGUUCUGUUUAGUUUUUGUUUGCCACAAUGACACAUUAAACAUGUACAUUUGAUUUGAAUGUUCUUUAAAACAUGAAACGCUUUGAGUUCAGUCUUGUGAGGAAGAAGGAUCUGUACCUUUAAGAGCUCUGUGCCAAAUCCUCCACACAAGGCGGCCCAUUGGAAUGCACUUCCACUCAUGCACAUAACAUCUGACCUCCUGAGGCGAGUGGUACUUUUUACUUCAUCCCUGGAGCUGCGACCAGCGGACAACAUGAAGGCCAAAUCGGUUCCAUUGAGGUUGUUUGAUAGAAAUUCAGCCUCAGGUGAAACACUCAAUGUACAAACGGCAAAAUAUCACAGACACGUGGAUCACCAGGAAAGCCCGAAUCACUCUGGACACGACAGCCAAACGGUGGGCGACAGAUACAAUGAGAAGAGCCAUCGAGCAGUUCAUUUUGCAUUUUUGCCAGAGACGUAUGAGCCGCUGGUAGAUGAGGAUGGGCAAGACGAGGCACAAGAAGAGAAGAAGAAAAGGAAGAAGGAAAAGUACAAAAAAGUCAGGAAGAAUGUUGGCAAGGCACUGCGCUCCACCUGGAAGUGUCUAAUGCUUGGUCUGUACAAUUUUGCCCUAGGCUACUCUACUCCGAUCACAGUGGCUGCUACUUUUGUCCCCGAUUUCCACUACGGCAGAAACAAGGCCUAAGCCAGUGACCCUCCUCCACUUGCUUUUUUCCAACUAUACAUACCAGUGAACCAAUGGACACAAGACUGUUCAUACGGUUGCGGAAAAAGAUAAAGAGAACACUGCUGCAUUAUCAGUUUCUCUUGUUUUAUUAUUUAAAGGUAUGUCUUUGAGGUUAACAUUUUACUACUACUGACAAUGUCUGUUGGAAUUCAACAGACACUGGAAUGGCUGCCAUACAUAAAGAUUUAAGAAAAAUGUGGCCUUAAUGUGCUGUAUGUGUACAAUAUUAUUGUAUGAGACUGUUUUUGUUUUUUAAAGUUGCAAUUCAAAUAUGCUUGUUUGCUGUAGGAACUGAACAAAUUACAAUUUUGUAAGAUAGGCCUUUUUAACCACAGAAAUUCUGACUGGAAAAACAGGUGUCCUAAUAAGACUCAAUGUUAUAAUCAUCUAUCAUCAUUUACAGUAUGUUCUUGUUUUACACCUGUACUUGUGUGACAUGUUGGUGUUAACAAUCCUUAUGUCCUAAUGUGGGUCAUAAUAUACAGUAUGGCAUAAACCAGCUUUGCAAAAUGUGCACAUUAUAGUGUAUUUAGUUAGUCCGAAAACAAUUGCCCUGUGUAUAGAUAUAAUGCUUUAUGAAGUGCUUAUGCCUAAGUUACAUAUUGCUCAUGCAUGUAUCGACUGUCUUUAACUUGAAACAUGCUUUUGUAUCAAGCAUCAAGCUGGUGUAGGCAGCUGUGCAGAGGGAUAAUGUGGGAUGGACUGGCAGGAACCUUAGCUGGGGAUAAAGGAAUGUGAUCAUCAGUGAAUCAGUUUCUGAAGACACGUUAAGUUGAUUAGAAUGUCAUGGUAUGACGACUGGAGGUAGUCCUUAAAGGUUUUGUAAGUUGGUGUGUGAUGAAAUGUAAAUAAACUGUAAGACAAACUUAA